ACACUCACGUAGUCUUUGUGUUGGUGUGGGGUCGCGAUGGUAUCUCGGUAUGGCCAAUGGUGUCGUUCUUCGGUUCUUUACAGAAGUAGAACGUGCGUGAGCGAGGUCGGUGCGGAGCAACCACCUCGAUUUUGAACGUUCUUGGUCUUCUGGAGGCACUGCAUACCUCGAGUCCAAGAUGCCACCAAAAAAGUCUAUGGAAGAGACCGACCGGCUAACACGUAUAGCUAUUGUUAAUUCUGACAAGUGUAAGCCAAAGCGUUGUCGGCAGGAAUGCAAGCGGUCAUGUCCUGUGGUGCGUAUGGGAAAACUCUGCAUAGAAGUCACGCCAAAUAGUAAGAUUGCAUCGAUAUCUGAGGAGCUAUGCAUUGGCUGUGGUAUUUGUGUCAAGAAAUGUCCCUUCGAGGCUGUUUCAAUUAUUAAUCUACCAAGCAAUCUGGAAAAAGAAACUACGCAUCGAUACUCCAAGAACUCGUUCAAGCUUCAUAGACUUCCCAUCCCGCGUCCUGGUGAAGUAUUGGGAUUAGUCGGUACUAAUGGAAUCGGAAAAUCAACAGCGCUGAAAAUUCUAGCUGGCAAACAAAAACCUAAUCUUGGUCGUUUCACUGAGCCACCAGACUGGACAGAAAUAUUGAGCCACUUUAGGGGUAGCGAACUCCAGAACUACUUCACUAAAAUCCUAGAAGAUGAUUUGAAGGCUUUAAUCAAGCCUCAAUAUGUUGACCAGAUCCCAAAAGCAGUAAAAGGAACCGUUCAACAGCUCUUAGAUAAGAAAGAUGAGUGCAAGAACCAAAUGGAGAUUUGCCGUAUGCUGGAUCUGACCCACAUACGAGAUCGUGGUAUCGAGGCGCUGUCUGGAGGGGAACUGCAGCGUUUUGCCUGUGCCAUGGUUUGCAUUCAAGAUGGAGAUAUAUUUAUGUUCGACGAGCCUUCUUCUUACCUAGACGUCAAGCAACGAUUGAACGCUGCUGUUACUAUACGGUCCCUCAUACAUCCAGACAAGUUCAUAAUCGUAGUAGAGCACGAUUUAUCCGUGUUAGAUUACCUGUCCGACUUCAUCUGCUGCCUAUACGGUGUUCCUGGUGCUUAUGGCGUAGUUACUAUGCCGUUUUCAGUAAGGGAAGGAAUAAACAUAUUUUUGGAUGGUUUUGUGCCGACCGAAAACCUCCGUUUUCGGGAGGAAUCCCUCGUUUUCAAGGUCGCGGAAAGCGCGACAGAAGAAGAAGUUAAGCGAAUGAAUCACUACGAGUAUCCCAAGAUGACAAAAACUAUGGGCUCCUUCACUCUUGCCGUAGAGAAGGGUCAGUUCUCGGACUCGGAGAUAUUGGUACUACUUGGUGAAAAUGGCACUGGAAAAACAACUUUCAUUAGAAUGCUUGCGGGAAAUUUACCUGCAGAUGAGGGCUCUGGAAAUAUCCCUCUUUUGCACAUCAGCUAUAAGCCACAGAAAAUCAGUCCCAAGUCGCAGGGCAUCGUGAGACAGCUGCUCCAUGAAAAAAUCCGAGACGCUUAUAUACAUCCUCAAUUUAUCACCGAUGUCAUGAAGCCGCUUAAGAUUGACGAUAUCAUGGACCAGGAAGUCCAGAAUCUAUCUGGAGGAGAGUUACAACGUGUCGCCAUGGCUCUCUGCCUUGGAAAACCAGCCGAUGUCUACCUCAUUGAUGAGCCAUCUGCGUACCUUGAUUCUGAACAGCGUUUAGUCGCUGCCAAAGUUAUUAAAAGGUUCAUCUUACACGCCAAGAAAACUGGAUUUGUGGUGGAGCACGAUUUCAUAAUGGCAACUUAUUUGGCGGAUCGGGUGAUUGUGUUCUCUGGGGUUCCUUCAUUAGACACAACUGCUCACUGCCCUCAGUCGCUACUGAAUGGUAUGAAUCGCUUUUUGGAGUUACUCGGUAUCACGUUUAGAAGAGAUCCCAAUAACUUUAGGCCUCGCAUCAACAAGAGUCAAUCGGUCAAGGACAUGGAGCAGAAGAGGGCAGGACAAUACUUUUUCCUCGAGGAAUAAUUCAUGGCGUUCGGCAUGAAGCCGUAUCCAUCUACAUAUCACGUUUAAACAUCCCGUAAUUCACAUACUGGACAACCUGCCGAAAUUUUUUACAGUCCUUCUUCGUGAGCUAAGUUGAAAGUUGGGAAAUAGGGAACUGGAUUUGCAUUCUCAUGUUCAAUUCUAGGUUUUAAUUCCGAAUGAUAUUGAAUUCUCAAUAUUAUUCCUAUAUCGUUACCUAUGAUUCGUCGUAGUCUGACUUUACACGCAAAAGCGGGUGAUCGUAGUAGUAGUGAAUUGCGAAUCGUGAUUUGUGGACUCAAAUUUGUACCAGCCUGUAAUCGUGGUGGUUUGUUAUCGACCAAUAAAUAUGUACAUGAUGUCA